CCGCACCCCGGCGGGGCCGCGCCGCCCUCCCGGGGGUUUUUAUGAAUGAAAGGGCCGUAUGCAAAUGAGCGCGGCCCGGGGGGAGCGCGAAAUGGCGGAUGCGCGGGCGGGCGGCGCGCACACGAACGCGCGUGUCCGCGUCCCUCUGUCCGCCCGCGGCCGGUCCGUCUGUCCCUCAGUGCACGGGGCAUGGGGAUGAGCGACCCGCACCGGUUCCCGCCGGGGCAACAAAGACUGUCCCCUGUUCGUGCCCCCCAGCCGCCCGCCGCCCCCGGCCCCGCUCACUCGUCAGGCUGCACCAUGACAUCUGCCCUCAGGACUUGCUUGGUCCACAGAGAAGAGGUUUUCUGUGUUUGGGCAAUCCUGGGAGAAGAAAUGUGUCUGAACCACCUAAGCACAUCACCUUGCCCUCCAGCUUUUGCAGGCCCCUCCACUGCAGCAUCCCUUUCCCACUGCAGGAACAGAAGUGGAAACUUGGAGAGAAACCUGUGGACUGCUAGUAAUGAGAUGGAGGCAAGAGCUGAUGAAAGCUUUGAAGUCUUCUCCUCAGGGAGAAGCAGCGUGUCCUUUGGAGGUGGUACCAGAAUCUGCAGCUUUGUGGCACAAUAUUUCGUUCCUGUCACAGCUAGAGGUUUGGCCAUCACACCAGAUCAUGUGUGAGAGUACAAGCCUGCUGUCCUCCCUUUGUCAGACUGUGGGUGCUCUUUCGGCAAUGCUGCCUAUCCCCUUCACCCCCUUCCCACCCUUUCCUUUGCAAAGCCCAGUUUGUCACCCCCUUGGCUGUGCUAAUGCAUCCCUCACUGAGGAGUGACACUGCUGGAUCUGCUAAAUGCUCCCAGCUAAUAAUACCCCCCAAUAUCUCUUUCUUUUGGAAAGUUAUUCAAGGAUGCAGCUUGCAGAAUGGCAUGAUAAACAUCUUGGCAAAGCUGAGCUGGCAGCAAAAGGAAGUGUCAGGGCAGGAGUAAGCGGUUGGGGGCAAGGAAAUGGCAGGAACGUCUUCAGCUGCUGUACAAUAAAAGACCAGAUGUAAUGAUUUGACACAGUUCCACCCAUCCUAUGUCUGUUUUUUCCCCCCAAAGGAUGCUGAGAUUGCACAGACCU